GGAGCUUGAGAGGGGGGGUGGAGGGGAGGCGGAGGGGGUGCAGGAGGUGAAGGCGAGGGUUAAGGAGACGAGACGCAGGGCCGCGAGGACGAUGAAGUUGCUACAGAAGUUUUUUGGGGCGAGGUUGAAGGCGCUGCUGGAGAUUGAGGAGCUGGGCGGGCCGGUGGCCGAGUUGGCGGUGGAGAGUGUUGAUGCGAAACGGGCGGUAGGGAGGGCGAGCGGGCAGAUGACGCUGCAGGAGGCGUUUCGCGCGGGGAGGAAGAGGAGGGGGAGGGCGGAGGAGGAGGGAGAGGAGGAUGUGGAUGAUGAGAUGAGGGGGCUGCUGGAAACGCUGAUGAAUAAGAGUAUGGAGGCGGAUACGUAUGUCGAGUUGGAGAUGGAGAGUGCGGUUGCGAGGUUUCUGGUCAGAGCGAAGGUGGCCGAGUUUCAUCCGAGGGAUGCGAGGAAGAUACGCAUGGUGGGGUUUGGUGGGGCUAUUGGCGAGUAGGCAGGACUAAUGGCAUACCGGCUACUUCUACUUGGGAU